CAACCUUUUACCCGUUGGGAGGGUGCUGCAGCUGGCGAUUAUCCGCUGUCAAAAUAAUUCAUUCUAUAGAAACAACAUUAUUAACCUUUACAAUAACUAGAUCGACUUUUUUACCCGGGUGCCAUGGGGCAGUAUUGGAUGGGAGGGCUGUACACCCAGUUAGCUGUGGAGUGAGCCAGACCACACUGGAUGAUCCAUCUACAGCCCUACAGACCUGCCCAUUUCAGCCAUGGCCUCCAGCUACCCGCCCCCCUUCGAGGGCACAGGGGAGGUAAAGGAGGGCUUCCUGUGCCCACUGUGCCUGAAAGAUCUGCAGUCUUUCUACCAGCUUCAGGACCACUAUGAGGAGGAGCAUUCUGGGGAUGACCGCCACGUCAGGGGCCAGCUGAAGAGUCUUGUCCAGAAGGCAAAGAAAGCCAAAGACAAGUUUCUAAAGAAGGAUGGAGAGGACAGGCCUGAGACGGGCAGCUAUGAGUCUUUCUACUAUGGUGGAGUGGACCCAUACAUGUGGGAGCCUCAGGAGCUGGGAGCGAGCAGAAGUCACCUGGACCUCUUUAAGAAGCACCGAGCUGCCAGGAUAGACCACUACGUCAUUGAAGUCAACAAGCUCAUUAUCAGACUGGAAAAGUUGACAUCUUUUGACAGGACAAACACAGAUGCAGGGACGAUCAGAGCAAUAGAAAAGUCUGUUGUGUCGUGGGUGAAUGAUUCAGACGUACCAUUCUGUCCUGACUGUGGGAAUAAAUUCAACAUGCGCAACAGGCGUCACCACUGCCGCCUCUGUGGGUCCAUCAUGUGUCGGAGGUGCAUGGAGUUUGUUCCUCUGCAACUGGCUUACAAGCUGACGAGCGGGACCCGGGAGGCUCUCUGUGUCCCUGGCAGCCCCGGGCAGUCCCAGUCCCCUCCAGCCGGGGGCGGCGGCGGCAGUGCACACGGCUCCAGGAGAGGCAGCAUUAGCAGCCUGAGCAGCGUCAGCUCCAUGCUGGAGGAGAAGGACGACGACAGGAUCCGCUGCUGCCACCACUGCAUGGACACGCUGCUGAAGAGGCAGCAGAAGCUGGAGGAGAAGGACAACGUGCCGGACAUCGUCAAGCUCUACGAGAGGCUGAGGCUGUGCAUGGACAAGGUGGAUGAAAAGGCUCCAGAAUACAUCCGAAUGGCAGAAUCUCUCAACGCUGGAGAGACAACCUACAACCUGGACACAGCCGGGGGGCUGAGGAUGGAGGUUCAGAAAUACUAUGAACUCAUCGACGCACUAAGUAAGAGGAUCCUGACCCUGGGGAUGAAGGAGGAGCCAGCCCCCCAUCCCAAGACCCAGCAGCUCCAGAGGAUGGUCCGCUACACAGCCACCCUGUUUGUCCAGGAGAAGCUGCUGGGUCUGAUGUCUCUGCCCACCAAGGAGAAGUACGGGGAGCUGAAGGAGAGGAGAAAGCAGGAGCAGGAGAAGAGACUCCAACAGGAGAGAGUGGUGGCUCAGGAGGCCCAGAAGAGGAGGCAGGAGUCAGAGAAGAACCGUCCAGCACCCAGCACCAACGGAGAGGCUCCCCAGCCCCCCAGGGCCCCCCGCAUGACCAAGGCUGCGGGCUGGCUGCCCUCGUCCGACGCCCUCCACACGUGCGAGCUGGACGACCCCCUGCUGCAGCAGAUCGACAACAUCCAGUCUUUCCUGCGGCAGGCGCGGGCGGCUCAGCGGGCGGACGAGGUGGCCAUGCUGGAGGAGAACCUGCGGCAGCUGCAGGACGAGUACGACCAGCAGCAAACCAGCCUGGCCAUCGCCCUCUCCCAGAGGCUGGCCCAGGAGGAGAGCCUGCAGCAGGGAGAGCUGCAGCGCCUGGAGGACAGGGAACGGGAGGAGAGGGUGCUCAGAGCCCAGGCACCGGCCUCCAGCCAGCCUUCCUACACCUACACCUGGGAAAGCUCUCUUGACUUAAACCAGCUGGGCUAUUCCCAUGGCCAGAGAGAAGAGGAAGAGGAGGAGCAGGAAGAGGAAGAAGAGGAGGAGGAAUUAACUCCCAAGGCGGAGGGAAGCCCACCCUCUGUGAGGUCUUUCCCUGCCCUGACUGGUCAGGAGGAGUCACCCCCAAGGCUGAGGAGUUUAGGAGGGCAGGUGACACCCCCUAGUGGAGAUGGACAGAACAUCACCUCCCUCAAUCCCUUUGAAGAGGAGGACUCCACCCCCAUAGAGGAAGAUCCAUCCAAUCCCUUCUUUGAGGAGAUCCAGAAGGAGCACAAAGGGGUGGCUAAUGGCAGGAAGGACUACAACCCUUUUGAGGAGGAGGCGGAGGAGGGAGGGGGGAUUCCGAGGCAGUCAGGGGAAGCACCUGGUAACCCAUUUGAAGAGGUGGACGAUGCCGGUAAUCCCUUCAAAGAAGCUUCCGGGAGUUCUCUGGGAGCCUCGACCAAUCCCUUUGAGGGGGCGGACAACGAGGUCCUACCAGACGUGGACGUGAUCGAGGAGGAGUUGCUGUUGCAGCAGAUUGACAACAUUAGAGCCUACAUCUUCGACGCCAAGCUCAAUGGCCGCCUGGACGAGGUGGAGCUGCUGUCUGACAACCUGAGAGAGCUGCAGCGCACCCUGCAGGAACAGAAGAAGAAGACACACUGACACACUCUCCAUCAGGCCUCCGUCACCCCCCCUCCCAAUCACCUGCUACUUAAAACAAGGCUGUCUACGCAGUGCUCGAAGCUCAUCCAGCUCCAUAACGGCUCCCUUUUCAUGGCUGAUGACCCCACUGUGGUUGAGGAGGGUGAGGUCAGACUGAGGAAGAGCUGUGCUCUGGUGGAUCUCAACAUGAGGUGGCUCACAUCUUCGCCUUCUAGGCUACUACGCCACACAGAUGUAAUCCUUGGGGUGGAUAUCAGAUAUCAGUGGUUUCCUUUCACGCCUCAUGACACUACAAAGGUGGAAGUACAUGCUGCUGCUUUGAAGGAGAGUGAAUAGAGUAAUUCACUUUAAAAUGAUGUCAAUCCCUCUAACAAUGUUGGGCAGCCUAGCACUUAAAUGUAAAAUGCAAUAUUUUAAGGGUUGAUAAUAUUCCAUACUAAUACAAACACUGACACACCAUGACAUCAUUCAAAGGCCUAGGACUGUUCAUUUUAAACAAAUGUUGGUAUGUAACAAAGCACAAUGCAGUGUAUUUAGAAUCAACUGCACACACACAGUUGUAUACACAGAUACAGUUGUGUAGAACAAAUCAGCUGUGAUGGGUUGCAUUCAAUAGUAUGUUUAUUCAAUAGAAUAUGUUUUAGCUGUUUACUGUAACAGCUUUUGUACACACAUGUACAAAGCAUGUAUAUACUGUUACUGCUAAAGCCAGUCAUAUCUCCAAAUGCAUAAAUGUUUAACUUUGAGAGUUUACAUACAAAUUCAUUGGCAAAUCAUAAUUUAUAUCCGUGAUCAGUUGUAAAUGAGACACUGGAGGAGAAUGUUAAUUGACACGAUAUUAAGCUAUUGUGAGCCAAGUCAACAAAUGUUUUCUUUAUAUUUUAGACUGCUCAAUAUAAUAGCAUCGCUGUUGAUGAAGCACAGGAUAAAUGCAUUCGUUUUCCAUUGAGCUUGCAGGAUUUGAUAUACCACCACAUGGUCCAAAGUGUGCAGGUGUUUCAAUACAGGUGUUAUCCUAGGUUCUCCAUUCCUUCGUUUGCUCUCAUAACAUGGUGAGGAGGGUCAGAUGUGGAGCUCUGAAUGACCUGCCAACAUCCUGUUCCCUCCUACACAUCCCUCAAGCCCAGUGGAGAAGAUGAAUGAUAUAAGCCUCAGCUAAUGGCUUCUCUCGUUAGACAAGUUCAGUCUGUAUUCAGUGUUAUGCAACAUGUUCAACCAGGUCUCUCAGCACUUACAAAUAACACAUAGCUUACUGUUGCUAUGGAGAUGUUGGGCUGUAAUUUAGAUGUUAAGGCUUUGCAGUGGCACAUAAAAAAGAAAGUUCUGUACUCUGAUUAAUCUUGUUUGUACUCUACUUUUGUCUUCUAUUGAAUAUUGUCUUCUGAUUCCCAUCUCACGGCUGAUUGAAACAACACUAAAUCAAUCCAGCACCACCAAGUAUUAUUACACACCACAGUUUGUCAUUGUCAUUGGUUUCAUUGCCAUCCAGUUGAAUAUUCUUUUAAUUUUCUUAGAACAGUAUUUGGUCUUCUUUGUUGAUCAUGCACCACUAACUCAAUUGUACUGUAACUAAACACAGAACUUGCUUUGAAACAACAUGAAUGGAAUUAUGACUAAUGUAUUUGUGGCAAAUGUGAAUGACUUGUCGCUUUUUGAUAAUGUUGCCUGUUCACUUUAGUCAUCAUAAUUACGAUGUUCUAUCUUCCAGCACUAAUAAAAGUGUUGGAAAAAAGUGUAUUUUCUUCCUCAUGUUUCUGUCAGUGUACAAAGUAAGCAGAGCGUGGGAACAGAAAUCAAUCCCACAUUAAAACCCCACGAUGGGAGUACAGUUUAUAAAUCUGAUGAAUAGAUUUCAAAAGAUUAUCAUGUCUAAGAUUAUCAUGUCUGAUAGAACUUCUCAUCAUCCCGGUUAAACCCUCCAUUUCCCCUGAUCUCUCAA